AUGUGGCUCCUCGACACGGAAGACGGGACGUUCCACCACAUCGACAGGCCGCGCGAGCACCGCUAUGCGAUCCUCUCCCAUGUGUGGGACCUCACCGGGGAACAGUCCUUCCAGGACCUCAUCGCCCUCCAAGCAGAGGCCUCGAAGAAGCAGUCGCGCCUGAAGCGCCUCUUCACUCCCAGCGCCGCCACGCCCGCCGGCGGCGCGCUGUCCCGCGCCUCGGCGAAGAUCCGCGGGUGCUGCGCGCUCGCGCGGCGGCACGGGUACCGCUGGGUGUGGAUCGACUCGUGCUGCAUCGACAAGACGAGCAGCACCGCGCUCUCCGAGGCGAUCAACUCGAUGUACGAGUGGUACGCGGCGGCCGACGCGUGCUUCGCGUUCCUCGCGGACGUGAGCGACGACCACGACCCGCGCCUGCGCGACUCCAAGUUCCGCCGCUCCCGCUGGUGGACGCGCGGGUGGACGCUGCAGGAGCUCAUCGCGCCCGCGACGGUCGUGUUCGUCUCCGCGGAGUGGCGCCUGCUGGGCACGAAGGCGAGUUUGGCCGAUUUGGUGGAGGAGGUCGCGGGCGUCGAGCGCGCGGUGCUCACGCACGCGAAGUCGCUGCACGCGGUGAGCGUCGCGCAGCGCAUGGCGUGGGCGGCGAAGCGGCAGACGACGCGCGUGGAGGACAAGGCGUACGCGCUGCUGGGCCUCUUCGGGGUGAACAUGCCGACGAUCUACGGGGAGGGCGCGAACGCGUUCAUUCGGCUGCAGGAGGAGAUCCUCAGGCAGGUCCCGGACCAGAGUAUCUUCGCGUGG